AAUUUUACCAAUAUCUAAAAACUGAAUUUUGGGGAGAGAGAGAGAGAGAGAGAGAAUUGUUUGCGUCGAUGAUUUAGAGAGAAUAAAAUUAUUGUUUUGAUGAUUCGGGAAGUGGGGUCAUUUGAAAUUCUUGUUUUGAUGAAAUUGCGAGAGAGAGAGAGAGAGAUUUUUUUUUCUUUAAGAUGACUUGAUGUGCGUGAAUUUGCACUCGUCAAUGGUCUAUGAAUCUUGUUGAUCCAAUUGUAUUGUACACUGUUCGAAUUUAUAAAUUCAAAUCGACAUGGGAGUCGAUUACUACAGCGUCUUGAAGGUGAAGAAGAAUGCAAGCGAUGACGACCUCAAGAAAUCAUAUAGGAAAUUGGCCAUGAAAUGGCAUCCUGAUAAGAACCCCACCAACAAGAAAGAAGCUGAAGCCAAAUUCAAGCAAAUCUCCGAGGCUUACGAAGUGUUGAGCGACCCACAAAAAAAGGCGAUUUAUGAUCAGUAUGGCGAAGAAGGGCUAAAAGACAUGCCACCACCUGGUUCUGGUGGAUUCCCAUUUGGCAAUGGAAGUGGCAGUGCAUCUAGUGGCUUCAAUCCCCGAAAUGCAGAGGACAUUUUUGCAGAAUUUUUUGGAAGUAGUCCUUUUGGAUUUGGGUCAUCAGGAAUUGGCAGGUCCAUGAGGUUCCCAUCAGAUGGUGGGGGAAUGUUUGGGGGAUUCAAUGCAAAUGAAAAUAUUUUUAGAUCUUAUAGUGAUGGCAGUAGUGCAAGUAGCGUGCCAAAAAAACCACCAUCUGUGGAGAGCAAGUUGCCUUGCAGCCUUGAGGAAUUGUAUGCAGGAUCGACUAGGAAAAUGAAAAUUUCUAGAACUGUGGUUGAUGCUAAUGGAAGAUUAGUUCCAGAAACAGAAAUCUUGACCAUUGAUGUGAAGCCUGGGUGGAAAAAGGGAACCAAAAUCACUUUCCCAGAUAAAGGGAAUGAGUCGCUGAACCAGCUUCCAGCGGACCUCGUGUUUGUGAUUGACGAGAAACCCCAUGAUGUUUUCAAGAGAGAUAGCAAUGACCUCAUUGUGAGCCAAAGGGUGUCACUAGCAGAGGCACUUGGGGGAACCACAGUACAGCUUGUGACCCUCGACGGACGUAAUCUGUCAAUCCCAGUGUCCGACAUUGUUAGCCCUGGUUAUGAGCUUGUGGUAGCCCAGGAGGGGAUGCCAAUUGCCAAGGAGCCAGGCAAUAGGGGUGAUCUAAGAAUAAAAUUUGAGGUAAAGUUCCCAACAAGAUUGUCAGCAGAGCAGCGAGCAGGCCUCAAGCGAGCCUUGGGAGGUUGACAGUUGAUGACACUGUUCAAUUGGUCGCUGAUCUGGGCAUCCAUGCUUCCUUGGCUAACAGGGCAACUUAGGCCUCUGGAAAACCAAAGUGGCCUGCUUCCCGUCUGUGGAUAUUAGAUAUUUGAUUGUGUUGAUGACCAAAAACAUAUGGUAAUCAAUCAAUCCACUAUUUUUCAUUUUUCAUCUUUUUAAAGAUCAAUAGAUGUUACUUAUCAAUUAUUGGUUGCUUGUUGUAUUAUAUUCUAUUUAUUUUUUGGGGGAUGUAAUAUUGCGUGUAUUUUUGUUGUAUGCCUUCGUAUUUUUCUAAUAAUUAAUGAAUCCAUAAUAUUUAAUAUUA